GCAGAGACGUCAGCGGUUGGUGGGCGGAAAAGCGGCAGUGUGUUUCUGUAUGUGGAGAAAAAGCCAAACCGGGUAAUUUUCUAAAGAGGAUUGGCACAGGGAAAGAACACGGAACGGUUUAGCUCGUCGGCUGCUGUCAUGGCGGUUCCCGCGGGUCACACGGACGUCCAGAUGGACAGAGGCGCCCUGAGCGGACAGACGGUUUCCCCCGAAAACAACAUAGACAUCGACGAGAAAGAGUUGGAAAACAUCACAAAGAAACACCGAGAAGACGACACGACUACGCUGCCUUUGCACUCACCUUGGACGUUUUGGCUGGACAGGUCUUUACCGGGCACGACGGCUGCAGAAUGUGAAUCCAAUCUGAAGAAGAUCUACACGGUGCAAACUGUUCAGUUGUUCUGGAGUGUAUAUAACAACAUCCCUCCAGUCACAGCCCUGCCUUUGAGAUGUAGCUAUCACUUAAUGCGUGGAGAACGGAGGCCGCUGUGGGAAGAAGAAAGUAAUGCAAAAGGAGGAGUAUGGAAGAUGAAAAUACCAAAAGAAAGCACUUCUGCAGUUUGGAAAGAAUUGUUACUUGCAACCAUUGGGGAACAGUUUGCAGAUUACUGUGCUUCAGAUGACGAGGUUGUCGGUGUCAGUGUUAGCGUUCGCGAUCGGGAAGACGUUGUACAAGUCUGGAAUAAAGAUGCGUCUCUCGCUAACGAAGCAAAUAUCUUGGGAAAAGUCUAUGAGCUGCUCCCAUACAUAUCUUUUAAAGCUGUUUUUUAUAAGUCUCACAUGGAGCAUCAUGCCUUUGAGGGAGGACGCUCAAGACAUUAGAUUGUAGAGCACUUUUUCUUUUUCUUUUUAACCUGAACUCUGUACCUGCCUUGACGUAAAGGCUCUGUCCACAACCUAAUCAAGGAUAUUAUUUUGCUUUCAACAAGGAAAUGUUAUCAAUAUAUUUUUAUAACUUUUAAUGACUGAUGCCUUGUUUCAUUUUGACAUGGGUCCUAAAGCUCUGAACUCGUCAGAGAAUGUAUAUCCAGCGUAACUGUCAUCCAGAGUUUAUUAGUUCGUGUCGGUCUCGACUUCCUGCUAUAGUGAACUGCACUGUCAUGGUCCUGUCCUCUGCACAGCCGAUGGACCUCACAAGUCAUUCCUGGUAUAGAGGUAGCAGCCUGUUUUAACUGUUAACCGUCUGCAUUCACAUCAUGUUUCGAUCAAGUCAGCUUUGUACAGUGCCAAAGCACUUUUUCUGCCGUUUAGGAAGUUUGUAUCUUAAUGAUGGAAGUGUUUUACUCAGCUGGACUUUUUCCACUUGGACGGAGUGAAUGUCCCAUUUGGUUUCUGGUAUCUUCAUCAAGUGUACGUCAAACUUAAAUCAGGGUAACACUUGAAAAUAUUGCACAUGACUACCUAUUCCCAUCACAAUGUCCUUCAGUUUUAAAGCCAUCAUGGGGAAUCAGAGCAUAAUCCAGCACAGAUAGGCCCUCAGAAAGUGUACAUUUGGUUUCCGAAAUGCGUUUUUACAGCUUUAUGUAAAAAAGAGGAAAACCCGUCCUGAAAGGUGCCUCUGGGAAUGUUCUCAGCCUCACCAUAUUAGAUCUUUCUUUCAGCACACGUGUUGAAAGUAGAGCUCCCUUUCUCCUAAAUGGAGUCGUGGAUUGUUUGAGAUACUGCACAUUUUUGUGCUCAGCUAGUGGUGCUUUGUAGUAUUUGUCUCUACUUGUUUCUCUUACCAAUAAAUCUAGUAGUUUGCUUACUGGACUGUGUCCCUGUAACAAUAACACACAGAAAAAGGCAGCAUUAUUUGCUUUUAAGAUUGUAAUGUAAGGCCAUGUUCCUACCAUAUUUAGCAGUAAAUGUAGGUACAGUUUGUCAAAUGUCAUCAUUAAAAAGUCAAAUAAGAUGAACUUAAGCAAAAACAGAAACACUUGACUGACCUUAAAGAAAUACCGUAGAAAUAGAACAACAUAUUUUUCAGCUCCCUUUACAAAUCUGGGCAAUUUUUCUGCAGCUUUGUUGCUGAAUCUGAGUUACCUUCACUAACCCUGUUGACACUCUGUUGUUUUAUUGCAGUGUAGACCACAGUAACCUGAAUGCUCCUGGUAUUAUUGUGUCGCACCACUUUUAUAGAUCAACUUUGGACUGGUUGAUAGUUUUAAAGGGGCAAUACUUCCUUUGUAAACAUGAUUUUUUUUUUUUUUUUUGCAGUGACAUGGACAAAGUAAAUAAAACUGAGCUGAAAAUG